CACGACUGGAAGCAGAAGCCCUCUUAAUAAAUGACUUGUCACGAUUUAACAUUACCACUAGAUAAAUUCUACGUCUCUCUUCCAUAACUGAUCAUAGAGUGAUCAUCUUUGAAAUAUACACAUUUCUGGUUCUAUCAUCGUCAUCCAAUCUAAUACUACAAUGCCACCUUCCGCUACAAUGAGCCAAAUCCAAACUCAAGCGUCUGCAUCUGCACCACAAAUCAAUGGAGCUCCACUUCGUUCCAAGGAUUAUUUUGAAAAGCGCUCGGCGGAGGAGAUGCAAAAGCAUCUUAACAUUCCCCAGCGUACUCUUCAAGAAAAUCUGGCUUGCGCUUGUCGACUCAUCGCAUCCAAGCAAGAAGACGCUGGUCUUGCCGGUCAAAUCAGCGCCCGGUCGGAACGUGGAGACGGCUUCUACUGGACUCUACGAUUUGGACUGGGAUGGGAAGAAGCUCGACCUGAAGAUUUCAUCGAAGUAGAUGGGGAUCUGAAUACCGUUACCGGCCAUGGCAUGCCCAACCCUGCCACGCGCUUUCAUCUUUGGGUGUAUGCCGGUCGGCCAGACAUUCAAUCCAUCAUUCACACGCACUCGCCUUGGGUGCAAGUCAUGGCCGCCGCACAACAGCCACUUGUGGUUGCCCAGAUGGACAUGACACCGUUCUAUAAUGAUUGCGCAUUUCUCGGCGAGUGGCCUGGCGUUCCCAUUGCGGAUCAGGAGGGCGUCAUCAUCACGGAAGCGCUUGGGGACAAACACUCGAUUAUCCUUGCCAACCAUGGUAUGCUGACAGCAGGCCAGAGCGUUCAAGAGGCAACAUACCUAUGCGUCUACCUUGAAAGGGCCGCUCGCAUUCAGGUACAGGCGCGGCCGUUUGGACCUUUGAAACCUGUUGAUGCCGAUCUGGCUCGCGAGGCUGGUUCUUACCUGCGCCGGCCGAGAAUUAUGAACGCAACAUUUGAGUACUGGUAUCGACAGACCAAGAAGCCGCAGCCGUUGCCAUUUUGAUUCUUGUUUGCAUUUGCACAUUAUUGAGUUGGCAAAUUCCAGCUUGAGUGUCUGCUACGUCUUGUAAUAGAGCAAAGACUUGUCCUAUAACUUUACUGGCGCUUACAUAUACGUUGAUGCGGAUGGGAACCCAGUUGGUGUAGAAGAUGUUUUCAGUAAAAUUCAGCUUGGGAGUCGGACUAGGUUUGUGAAUAUA